AUGGGGUGGGGAAACAUUUACAUAAGACGCAUCAAAGUCUACAAGCUGGCUUUCAAAGUUUUCCUGGACUACAAGGCUUUACAAAUAAAAGCGAAAUGGACUGACAAAUCUAAAAGAGAUGGUUUAUGGGAGAAAGCUCAUAACCGAAAUGGUAAGCGUAUUGUGAAUUUGAUAACAGAGUUGAAGGGUUCAUGGGUGAAACUUGGACAAUACUUAUCGGGGCGUGCUGAUGUGCUUCCUGCGGAGUACAUAACUCUUCUCAAACAGUUACAGGACUCCCUUCCUCCUCAUCCUUUACAAGAGGUUUGUCAGACCAUAGAGAAAGAGUUGGGUAAAUCCAUGGAUGAUCUCUUCAUGGAUUUUGUCCAAAAACCUUUGGCCACUGCAUCAAUUGCACAAGUCCACCGUGCCAAGCUAAGUGAUGGGCAGGAUGUGGUUGUCAAAGUUCAACAUCAGGGCAUCAAGAAAAUUAUCUUGGAGGACUUAAAGGAUGCAAAAUCGAUUAUUGACUGGAUAGCUUGGGCAGAACCGUUAUAUGAUUUCAAUCCAGUUUUGGACGAAUGGUGCCGAGAAGCUCCGAAAGAACUUGACUUCAAUCUUGAAGCUGAAAAUACUAGAACUGUGUCUAGAAAUCUUGGCUGCAAAAACAGAGGCGAAGACAAUAAAGUGGAUGUUCUUUUCCGGAAGUUAUUCAGAGUAUAUGGAUGGGAUACGAUAAAUGACUCUGAAACUCUGGAAGCUUUUGGUGUUGACAAGCAGAAGAUUGUAGAAGAAAUUACACUGCAUAUGCCCACCAAAUUUAUGUUGAUGGAUUUUUCAAUGGUGACCCUCAUCCUGUGUUUUAAUGUAGGAAAUUUCCUUGUUAGCAAGAGGCUCCUCAUCGCCCAUUUUGCUAACUUUGGGCUCACAAAGAAAGUAACAUACUCUGUGAAACAAGCACUAGCAAAAAUGUUGUUGGCAGCUGCAGAGGGGGACCAUGUAGCUCUUUUGUCUGCCAUGGAAGAAAUGGGACUUAAGCUGCGUGUAGACCUGCCUGAGCAGGCUAUGGAGGUUACAACUUUAUUUUUCCGUGAUGCUACACCAACGGAUGAAGCUCCUGGUACCAUGAAAAGUAUUGUUAAUCAAAAGGAAAAAAGCAUGAAGCUUAUACAGGAAAAGAUGAAAUUUAGCCAAAAAGAAAUUAAACGUUUUAAUCCUUUCGAAGCCUUUCCUGGCGAUUUUGUAAUGUUUUCAAAAGUCCUUACUCUCCUUAGAGGGCUUUCGUCCAUGAUGAAUGUUCGCAUCGUAUAUCUGGAUAUUUUGAGACCAUUUGCCGAAUCUGUUUUAGAAGGAAACAUAAAAAAGGGACCAGCAGCAAAUCCCCAGUGGAUUUAUGAUUCUCCAAUCCAUUGUGAAGUGGAGGCCAAGCUGAGGGAGUUCUUAGUUCAACUGGGGAAUGAGGACAGAAUACUUGGAAUUCAGAUUUGUGCGUACAAAGAUGGUGAGGUGAUUAUAGAUACCGCGGCUGGAGUGCUCGGUAGAUAUGAUCCUCGUCCUGUUCAGCUUGAUAGUCUUUUUAAUGUUUUUUCGGUAACAAAGGGCAUCACAGCAGGCAUGGUGCAUUGGCUUGUUGACAAUGGAAAAGUCAAGCUUGAGGAGAAUGUUGCUGACAUUUGGCCAGAAUUUGGAUCAAAUGGAAAUGGAAAAGAUCUCAUAAAGGUUCAUCAUGUGCUUAACCAUACAAGUGGUUUGCCCUAUGCUUUGGUUGAGUUUGGAGCAGAAAAUCCUAUGGAACUUGCUAACUGGGAUGAAUGUUUGAGGCAGAUUGUCAUGUCAAAACCUGAAACUGAACCAGGCCAACAGCAGGUCUAUCACUAUCUGUCUUUCGGCUGGCUUUGUGGUGGAAUAAUCGAGCAUGCGUCUGGGAAGAAGUUUCAGAAGAUACUUGAAGAAGCAUUCAUUCGACCGCUAAAUAUUGAAGGCGAGUUAUAUAUUGGAAUUCCGCCAGGUGUGGAAUCUCGACUUGCAACUCUUACAAUAGAUGAAUAUGAUCUCAGCAAGUACACAGACAGAGGUUACCAUCCUGACUUACCCUCUACUUACCGCCUCGACCAAAUUGCAGAGCUCAUCACCACUUUGCCGGUUUUCUUUAACAUGCUGAACAUUCGUCGUGCCAUCUUACCUGCUACUAACGGACAUUGCUCGGCCCGUGCAAUUGCACGCUACUAUGCAGCCCUAACUGAUGGGGGAGUUAUCCCACCCCCACAUUCCUCUUUAUCUAAGCGACCACUUGGUAGUCACACUCACAUCCCUACAUUUUCAUCACACGAGAAAUCAAAAAAGCCAAAAGGUGAGAAAAGCAAAGAGGUACCUGCUGCUUCAAAGAACAAUACAAAUAAUAAGGGUAAAGAUGCUAGUGGUGAUGCUAACACUAGGCCCAUAAAUAAUGGUGGCAAGAUUUUUAGUAACCCUAGAAUCCAUGAUGCAUUCUUGGGUGUGGGUGAUUAUGAGAAUAUGGCUUUGCCAAAUGGAGCGUUUGGACUGGGAUUUAUGAGGUACAAAGCUGAGGAUGGAUCGCUUAUUGGUUAUGGGCACUCGGGCAUAGGUGGGUCAACAGGUUUCUGCGACAUAAAAAACAGGUUUGCUAUAGCAGUGUCAUUGAACAAAAUGUCAUAUGGUGCUACAACUACAAAAAUCAUUGGUUUUGUUUGUGCAGAGCUAAAUAUCCCUUUGCCGGUUGAGUUUUCAUCUAUUAAGGACUUUGAAAAGCCUCUGCUUCGCUAAAUAAGAGUAUCUCAUAUCCCAUUUGUAUAAAUAAAUUAUAUCCAAAUCAAACAUUGGUUUCACAGAAGAUGAAUUAUUAAACAUUUCAUAAAGUAAUUAUAUUGAAUAUGAAAAGGCACUAUGAACGGUUUCUUCGGCAUCUUUCAUACCU